AAACUUCGUUGUUGAAACACAUACAUUCAGAAGUAUUAAUAGUUUGAAUAACUCUAAAAAGGAAAUACCAAUUUGCGGUGGCUACAGAACAAAAUUUUUCAUAAUGGUCAAAAAAUAUCGAGUAGUAGGUCUGAGUACGUUAGUGAAAUAAAAUACACUGAAUAUGGUUUGGGUAAUAUGUUUGCUAUGUAUAGUUCUUCAAUGUGGUUCGAGUUCGGCAAUAAAACUCAAUAUUGCUGGGAUUUUCGAAAACGUUCAACUGCACCAAUCAGCCUUUAGGCACUCAAACCACCUACAGAAUAUCCAGAAAAAAGUCUCUAACUUGACGUUAUUACCCCUGAUUAAUUUCAACGUUCUUCCGGACGAUGCUUUUUCUGCUCGAAAAGGAACCUGCUCUUUCUUGCAAAAUGGCGUCGUUGGAAUUUUUGGGCCCCAGUCCAGUUCGAACUUAGACAUAGUUCAGUCAAUCACUGAUAGAAAAGAAAUACCACAGAUCCUAACAAGAUGGGUCCAUCCUUCUCAGAUGGCACCAGAAACUAUCAAUUUCUAUCCGAGCCCACCUAGGUUGGCUGACGCUUUCGUGGAUAUCGUCAGGAAAUUGGAAUGGGAAACAUUCACUAUUCUGUACACCGAUUUCGAAAAUCUUAUACAAAUAACCGAUUUCAUAAAUAAAGCUAAGGAUGACGGUGUUAUUGUUUACAUGGAGGAUAUUGAUGUACAUCAUGAUGGGAAUUACAGAUCAACUCUCCAAGAAGUAAUGAAAUCGGGUCAGAAAAACUUUGUAUUGGAUUGCCCAAUUCAACAUCUGACGGAGUUAUUGUCACAAAUUCAGCAAAUAGGAAUGUUAACAACUGAUUAUAGUUUUUUACUGACCAACAUUGAUGCUCAUACAAAGGCUCAUACAGGAGAAUUAACCCCCUUCAUGUACAGUGAAGCAACUAUAACAGGGGUUCACAUCAUGAAACCAGAAGACGAUCUAUCGACAAGAGUAAGUAAAGAACUCUGUCAUCUGUACAAAGUAACUUUCAACGAGGACUGUGGAUCAAACUCCCUCCACGACUACCCAGAACUGGAUUCGGAAACAGCUUCUAUUAUCGACGCUGUUCACGUUUUUUCGGAUGCACUAAUAGAAGCAGGUGUCAAUGAGAGCCAGUCUAUAGACUGUGAUGGGGUAGACAGUUGGUCACAUGGUCUCACUAUCAUCAAUGUCUUGAAAUCA